GGGAGAGCGGAUAUAGUGAAUGCGGGGUCCGGGGAGAGCGGAUAUAGUGAAUGCGGGGUCCGGGGUGACCGGAUAUAGUGAAUGCGGGGUCCGGGGAGAGCGGAUAUAGUGAAUGCGGGGUCCGGGGAGCGAUAUAGUGAAUGCGGGGUCCGGGGUGACCGGAUAUAGUGAAUGCGGGGUCCGGGGAGAGCGGAUAUAGUGAAUGCGGGGUCCGGGGAGAGCGGAUAUAGUGAAUGCGGGGUCCGGGUGACCGGGGAAAGGCAUAUAUAGUGAAUGCGGGGUCCGGGGUGACCGGAUAUAGUGAAUGCGGGGUCCGGGGUGACCGAUAUAGUGAAUGCGGGGUCCGGGGUGACCGGAUAAGUGAAUGCGGGGUCCGGGGAGAGCGGCAUAUAGUGAAUGCGGGGUCCAGGAACAGUAGUCACAUAAUGAAACAUGAGCGCCAGAAGAACAAUGAGCCCAGGCUG